AUGUCCAACGAAAACGCCCGAACACCCGUGACUUCGGCCGCGACGCCGACAGAGGCACCGACGGAGACUCCAGAGACCCAACCCGAGUCGAAGUCGGAGGAUACGGAAAGCUCUACAGAUGAGAUCACCAUGAAGCUCGAUGAGGCAUUCCCCUCCCGGUCCUCGUCAUCGCCGGCCAACGGCGCACCCACUGGCCCGAUCAACGGCAAACUGUUUGUGAAGAUCACCGAUGGUAGAGGAUUGCGCCCCAGUUUUGACCCAUACGUGGUGUGCGUAUUUGAGUGGAACGAGUACAUCUCCAAGGGCGCUCGUGACGGCGAGGAGGAAAUGAAGCGCCGCCAACAGGAGUCAGAUGCCGAGGAGGCUGCUGGUCGGCCUAUGGCUAUUCCGCUGAAGACAAGAUCAAGCAGUCAUAACAGUGCCGUUGAGGGUGACCACAAGGGUCGGACUCCCGUGACAGACCCUCACUGGGAUCACGAGGCAACCUUUGAUGUUAUGGGAGAUCAGUCAGAACUUGAUGUUACAGUUUACGAUCGAAAUAACCAAGAAGCCUUCUUGGGUCACGUGCGACUUCGCAUUAACCUUAAGGAAGACCACAGUCGACUAGAAGGUUGGUUCCCCUUGGUCGCUCGUGGUGCCGGCGACAAUCAAGUGUCUGGAGAGAUUCAUCUCGAAAUGAACUUCGAAAAGACAGAUCGGAAACAGGUGGGGCCGAACGACUUCCUUAUCCUCAAGCUUAUCGGCAAAGGAACCUUCGGUCAGGUGUACCAAGUCAAGAAGAAGGAUACACAGCGUAUCUACGCGAUGAAGGUUCUCUCGAAGAAGGUGAUUAUCCAAAAGAAGGAGGUGAUACACACACUUGGCGAGCGCAAUAUCUUAGUGCGCACCGCUAUGACCGCAUCUCCGUUCAUUGUCGGAUUGAAGUUCUCCUUCCAAACCCCUACAGACCUUUAUCUCGUUACGGAUUACAUGUCAGGCGGAGAGUUGUUCUGGCACUUACAGCGCGAAGGCCGGUUCCAGGAGGCUCGGGCGAAGUUCUAUAUCGCGGAGUUGAUUCUGGCUCUGCAACAUCUCCACGACCACGAUAUUGUGUACAGAGACCUCAAGCCAGAGAACAUUUUGCUGGAUGCAAAUGGUCACAUUGCGCUCUGUGACUUCGGUCUAUCAAAGGCGAACCUGUCCCAAAACGACACUACCAACACCUUCUGUGGCACCACCGAGUACCUCGCCCCAGAGGUUCUGCUUGAUGAACAGGGUUAUACAAAGAUGGUCGACUUCUGGUCCCUGGGUGUACUAGUCUUCGAGAUGUGUUGUGGCUGGAGUCCCUUCUACGCCGAGGAUACCCAGCAAAUGUACAAGAACAUUGCAUUCGGCAAGGUCCGGUUCCCCCGUGACGCCCUCAGCACCGAAGGUCGAAACUUUGUCAAGGGUCUGCUGAACCGCAACCCCAAGCACCGUCUCGGAGCCAACGGCGAUGCCAAAGAGCUCAUGGCCCAUCCUUUUUUCGCAGACAUCAACUGGGACGAACUCUGCCGCAAGCAGGUGAUCCCGCCAUUUAAGCCCCAGCUGCAAUCCGAGACCGACACCUCAAACUUUGACCCCGAGUUCACAAACGCACUGGAGAUGAACAACUCGCUGAACAUGCGCGCUGCGGCCCUAGCCAAUGGCCUCAUGCCGGCCUCCACCCCCUUGUCGCCCGGCAUGCAAGCCAACUUUAAAGGCUUCACUUUCGUGAACGAGAACUCCAUCGACCAUCACCUGAUGGAGGACAGCGAUCACAUGGAAGAAGAUGCUCAGGAAUGGCAGCCCGGCCACCGCUCCGGCAACUCAGUUGACCAGCGCAUGACAGGCGUCCAGAAGCACGACGGCACGGAAUCCGGGAUUUUCAACGUUGACGAUACCUUUGAUAUGUGA